CUAAUACCCUUGUCUCCUCCCACAACCUCAUGUUUUGUUUGGCAACAACACGCGAUCGUUACAUCUUGUGUAACUACUGCUGUGAACUUCAUAUCGAUUUAUUUUGUCAAGGGAAACAGAAGAUCUCUCUUUUUAACCGAGCACCGACUGGACACUGACAGACAUGGUGGUCGGAUCCCGCUGUCCGGUAAUCCCGUGGCUGGCCCUGGCCGCCGUGUUGGGCUCGGUACUCGGGCUUGGUGAGGACAUUGAUCGGCCUCUCACCGGGCCUCCAGGCUCUCCUGUCCGGCUGCAGGAGUCCGACCCCGGCCUGAAAAAGGCUCUGGAGUUCGCGGAGGAGCGCUACAACCGGGGCUCCAAUGCCAUGCACCUCCGCAAAACCAGCCGGCUGCUCUCGGCCACUAAGCAGCUGGUUAAGGGUAUCCGCUAUUCAAUAACAGUGGAACUGAGUAACACCCAGUGUAAGAAAUCCACCAGGCUCAGGACAUGUGACUUCUAUCCCGAGUUGCACAAACUCAAGACCGAGGUGUGUGUGUUCGAAGUGUGGGACAUUCCCUGGCAGGAGGCUUCAACUCAGUUCAAACAGAAGUGCCAGCCUAAAGUUGAAUCUCAACUAAAAGAAACCAACAAGGUCGUGGAUGCAUCCGCCAGCCAGCCUCUGCAGGAGUCUGUGGAGCUGUUGGGCCAGUUCAAAGAGUUCAUGGUGACAUACAAUAAGGUCUACAGCAGCCAGGAGGAGGCAGAUCAUCGUCUGCGCGUCUUCCACGAGAACCUGAAGACCUCCGAGAAGCUCCAGUCUUUGGAUCAAGGCUCAGCUGAGUAUGGAGUCACCAAGUUCAGCGACCUAACUGAGGAAGAGUUUCGCUCUACUUACCUGAACCCGCUGCUGAGCCAAUGGACUCUUCAUCGCCCGAUGAAGCCGGCCCCUCGCGCCCGAGGCCCCGCCCCUUCCAGCUGGGAUUGGCGAGAUCACGGAGCCGUUAGUUCUGUGAAGAACCAGGGUAUGUGUGGGUCCUGCUGGGCAUUUUCUGUCACAGGCAACAUUGAAGGCCAGUGGUUCCUGAAAAAUGGGACGCUGCUGUCCCUCUCUGAACAAGAGCUGGUUGACUGUGAUGGGCUGGACCAGGCGUGCAGAGGAGGGCUGCCGGCCAAUGCCUAUGAAUCCAUCGAGAAGCUGGGUGGUCUGGAGACAGAGACCGACUACUCUUACACCGGGAAGAAGCAGACGUGUGACUUCACCACCAUGAAGGUGGCGGCCUACAUCAACAGCUCUGUGGAGCUGUCCAAAGACGAGCACGAAAUUGCAGCGUGGCUGGCUGAGAACGGACCGAUCUCCGUUGCACUGAACGCCUUUGCCAUGCAGUUCUACAGGAAGGGCGUCUCUCACCCUUUGAAGAUCUUCUGCAACCCCUGGAUGAUCGACCACGCCGUGCUGAUGGUGGGAUACGGAGAGCUUAAAAGUAUCCCAUUCUGGGCCAUCAAAAACAGCUGGGGAGAGGAUUAUGGAGAGCAGGGUUAUUACUACCUGUACAGGGGGUCCAAUGCCUGUGGGAUCAACAAGAUGUGCUCAUCUGCUGUCGUCAACUAGAGAAUAAACACCACAUACACACACCAUCACAGUACAUGUACCACAGUUACCAGCUGACCUCCCCUUUACACUCCUCACACACACAUUGGAUCCAGAAUGCAUGACGAUUGCAAUCUGACACACAUAAAGUAUUGCUGAUGUUACUCCUGUUAAACCAGCCUAAUGUUCCACCUUAUUACCUCACACCACGUGUUACUAAAAACAUACCAGCUUUAAUAAACUAGCUUUGUUGAUGAAUUUUUAAAGUCAUUUUAAAGUAGAUCCCUGCAGUUAUCCCUGCAGGUCAUAAGGAUUUCUGUGUUUUAGGCACUUUUUGGUUUUAACUAAUCUUUCCUCAAAGUAACUGAGUCUUUGUUUGAGCGUGCACUAAUUGAAGUUAGACUACUGUCUUUUGUGGUUUCUUGGAUGUUUUGUUAACAGCGUCUAUGCUAAUGCUUUGUUGUAUUUGAGUGAGAUUAUACUUAUCUGUAUUGAUCUUCACAUUUGGUCGGUACAUAACUGCAAUUUAAUUAUAAAAACUGCUGUAAGACCGUGAGAAAUAAGUGAAGGUUGAAUAAAGUGUGAAAUUCUAA